AUGGAUGAGCCGCUUUAUGUCAUCCAUACAAUUGAUUCGAUAGUGUCUUUAUCCGGACAGUCGUUACUCGUCCAAUGCAAAGCACAUCUGCGAGCUGGCCAGCCGUACUAUUCACCGCAUCAACAGCCGAAAAGCCAAGUUGAUGAUGAUGACCUUCUGUUCGAACCUGAAGCACUAUAUAACCGUUUCCCCGAAGAAAAAGGCCCACUAUAUGACCUCAUGGACAACAGUCAAGCGUGCUUUAUUUUACUCUACCUCAAAAACUUCCUCAUGAAACUUUAUGGAUUUACGGAAGCCAAAGUUCAAGAGUAUUCUCCAUCAGAAGCGGCUAAAGUUUACGAGAAGGCGUUAUCAUCAAGGAAAAACGUGCCAAUGUUCAAUCCACUUGCGGCUCUUGAUGGAGGUCGCCAUCGUGACGGCCAUACUGAUCCAGCAGCGAAUGAUCGACAAAGUAUUCAGAGUCACUUCAAUCUAGCGACGAAAAUUUGUAACGUGAGUACUGCGCCACUUUGA